GUAUUGAACGUUACGAGUAGUACCGAUGUAUACGCGAGGGUCUUGGUUCGAAUCUCAGGGGCUCGAAUUGUUUCGCACACUUCAUUUCUGGCUGCAAGGGGAAGCCAUCACACUUCUAGUUUCUCACUCGUACGGGACUUUACUCUCGCGAUGACUCUUGCACGACGUUGCUUGAUCGAAACAGAAAGACAGUCCUUCUUUAUUCCGUAGAUUGCGAGUUGCAAGACGAUCAAGCCUCAGAGAUGUGCGCCGCCAACGCCGGGCGACUCUUCGCUGUUUCACAGCUUCUCGCAUCUCAUUACCAAAACAUUGUCCUUGCGGAUACGCUUUUGCUAUGUACCAUCUCGCCUGUCCGUACCGCUUCGCAUACACACUCGCGCUCCGGCACCAUCGACCUUGCUCCAGCUUUGUCUGUAGAUUGGCUUCAUUCAUUCGCUCGCUCGAAGACAUCCUCGGAUGCCAGUCGUCUUCCAUCUUGUCUGUGUUCCACACAACAUCACAAUCGGACCCGCCGUCGCCGUCGCCGUUCGAGGGUUCCGAAGCUACCGAUGUCAGUUGCCUACCCACACUGCCUCUGAAUACACUUCUACGCGUCGCUCGAACCUCUGCCAGCAGUGGUCACUUCGAGAAAAGACUUCCACCACGAACGACCUCUGUACCCGACAGUGGCAACAUCAGGCGAGACGCUUCAGUGAAGAGUCAAUCUGCGCGAGAUGAGCCCAGUCUCCCUCUCGACAUCGUCUCCGAGCCGAAUCAUUGCACAUCACGGUGGCUUCACAACAGACGCUCAGAAAUUCGCUCUCACGGCGGUGUAGACAUCUGUACCAGCCAGAAUGUAGCCUGCGCCACUGCUCUGGCGACUUGAAGGUUUCGAGAUUUUCGUCUAGAGAGAAGAGAUGCGCGAAGAGCAGGAAAUACACAACAAAUGGCCU